GGGUGGUGGUCUUCCACUCCCCCUGAGCCGAGGAAGGUGGCCCCAGGGGCGGGGACUCUGUCGGAGAGGCUCGGGCUUGCUGGAUGGAUCCUCUCAGCCUCUCCACUCGCCGAGACUUGGCUCAACCCUUUUGGCAUAGCGACACUUUGCUUCUGCUGCGGCUCCCGUGUCCGCAACGGAUCUCGCCGCCUGGAUUUUGAAUGGUCUCAGCAGUCCCCUUGGACCUUUUAACUCGCUUCGUGUUUUACUUGUAUUUCGUCGACGUCCCAUCCAGCGAAGAGACUCACGGCUCAACGUUCCUGCUCCGAGUCCAUGAAAACAGGAGCGGCAUCGAUCCCUAAGAGAAGGUGUCAACGUCACCUGAACAAAGACAAAGCACCAGGAGAGAGUCAUGAGCACGCGAGCUGUGAUCGUCAAACGUUUGAAUGGACGAUGUUGUCACGCACAUGGAACGUUUUUGGGUGCCUCCAAGACGACGACGAAGAUGCGCACUCGCGUAGAGCCUGCCACUUAUGGACAGCGGCAAGAGUCUCACGUCAAAGACCAACACCUGCCCCUACGGCACUACCAACAGGGGCAUGGAGAGGCUUCAGCACGAAGGACAACAGCCAUGACGGGUGACUGUCUAACUUGUGUCAAGUACCUCAUGAUAAUCUUCAACACCUUCCUCGGUAUGGCAGGUUGUUUCCUCCUUUGUGUGGCACUGUUGGUGUUGCUGGGAACAAAAGCACUGUAUGAAUUUCUCAUGGUACACUCCGUGCUCUCAAUAACUGUCUUCGCCGUCCUGGCCAUUGGAGCCAUGCUCUUCAUUCUGGGCUUCCUGGGCUGCUUUGGAGCCAUCCGUGAAAAUAGGUGUCUGCUCUUCUUCUUCUUCCUGCUCAUCUUCCUCCUCUUCGUAGCAGAGCUGAGUGCUGGGGUUUGGGGCUACGUGCACCGUGAUCAGUUGACCAUGGAAUCUUUCCAAAAGGAUUUGCAGAAAAAAUAUAAAGGCCACGACCCCAGUGAUAAGUUCACAACAAUGUGGAAUGAGUGGAUGCGUCGACAUAAGUGCUGUGGCGUCGAAGGACCGAAAGAUUUUGAGAAAAAUGUGUUUAUUAAAGACAAGAAUCACAAAGUUCCAAAAUCCUGCUGCCUGUUGAGCAAGGCCGGUUCUUCGGGUGGGGAUGAGGCAUUCAAGAAAUGCUUAGAAGAAGCAGACGAAGCCUAUGUCCAGCAACAGGGUUGUCAUGAGGUAGCCUUCGCAGCCUAUGAAGCUUACAUCUAUUUAGGUUUGGCAUUGGCUGUUUUGGUGCUGACCUUUGAGCUUUUCGCCAUGUUCGUCGCUGUGUGCCUCUUCAGGGGACUCCUGAAACUGUAGUCUGUCUAGACUUUUUUUUUUUUUUUUUUUUCCAAGGAAAAACAGGGAAUAAGUGAAAAAAGAAAGAAAAUCAACACUUGUUUUGAACUCAAUUUCUAUUUGAAUGUUUUGGUUGGGGUUUAAAAAAAAAAAAAAAAAAAAAAAGUCCAUUCUUAACAGUUGUACUUCACAGCUGGACUUUUGAGGUACUGGGUAACAAAAGUAAUACACGUAGUGACACACAACAGAGAAAGUGGGAUAUCUGAGACAAAGCUGAUGUAAAAAGAUUUUGUGUGUUCAGUGGACAAUGUCAUUUGUGGACCAGGUCUUGCACAGACUGGGUUCAAAGUAGACUGGACAUGAGGACCAGAUGAACCCUAAGCAGAAGGCACUGCACUGACUUUUGGAUGAAGAAUAUUUAUAUUAAGUAAAUCUGGCUUAACUGUUAAAAUGUCUUAUGUCCACUUUGGCUGUUACCCUUUUUCUUCAUUACUGUAUAUAGUAAGAUAAUCCUUCCUCAAGCCCUUUUCACAGCCACAUUUCUAUUAUGCUGUAUUAUAUAAGAUCUGUAGGUGAGUGUGUACAUACUGGAUGCAGUUUUCAAAUGUGUAUAAGCUAUUUUGUGAGCAUGUGAGAUUUUAGUCCUUUACGGACCCUCCCGGACUUGAACGUCAGCGUGAUUUAUAUUUCUGUUUAUAUUUACUUCUGUGAUUUUAGGUGUUGAGAUGUUUGUGUGUAUUCGUUUGAUCUUUAAUAAAUGGCAUUCUAAAUAGCC